AUGCUUCAUGAAUACGACGUUGUCAUCUGUGGCGCCGGCUCCGCAGGCCUCUGCGCUGCAGCAUGGCUCUCACGGUGCGGCAUAUCCUUCCGACUGCUCGAGAAGAGAUCCGGCCCCUUGAAGGUCGGCCAGGCCGACGGCGUGCAGUGCCGAACCGUUGAGAUUUUCGAGAGCUUUGGACUUUCGGAAGACUUGAUGAGAGAGGCAUACCAUGUGUUGGAAGUGUCCUUCUGGGAAUCCGUCAGCGACGGUAUCGCUCGCAAGAGGAGGACGGUCGAUACUCCAAAAGGGCUGUCGCACAUGCCGCACGUCAUCUUGAACCAGGCUCGCGUGAACGAGCUCAUGGUUGAGGAUGUCAGGCGCUUUGGCGGUCCGGAGAUUGAGUACGGGUACGAGGUCCAGAGUGUGCAUGUCGACGAUCAGCUGGCAUCGGAUCCGAAUGCCCACUGUGUGUCUGUCUUUGCAGUAAAAGAUGGAGUUCGGCAAGAGUUCAAAGCCAAGUAUGUGCUGGGUUGCGAUGGCGCGCACAGCGUCACUCGUAAAUCUCUCCACAUCAACAUGGUCGGAAACAGCACCGAUGCCGUCUGGGGUGUCAUGGACGUGUAUCCACGCACAAACUUCCCGGACAUCCGCAAGAAGGUCAUGAUCCACUCGCACCUCGGCAAUAUCAUCAUCAUUCCCCGCGAAGGUGGUUCGCUCACGCGUUUCUACGUCGAGCUCGCUGCUGGAACGCAGGCGAGUGAAGUCCAACUCGAAGACUUACAGCGCGCCACAUCAUCAAUUCUUCAGCCGUACCAAAUAGACUUCGUGGACACGGCUUGGUGGUCUGCCUACGCCAUUGGACAGCGACUGGCCGACAAUUUCACUUACAAGAAUCGAGUAUUCCUCACCGGCGAUGCGUGCCACACGCACUCACCCAAAGCUGGCCAGGGGAUGAACGUCAGCCUACAAGACGGCCACAACAUCGGGUGGAAACUGGCCGCUGUUCUCAACGGAAAUGCGAAGCCGACACUUCUCGAGACGUACGUCUCCGAGCGGCAGAAGGUUGCAGCGGAGCUCAUUGCGUUUGACGAAUCUUGGACAAAGCUUUUCAAAACGGGGAACGAUGCGGUGACCGCUCAGGAGGUGAGCGAGCGGUUCAUUCAGGCGGCGCGGUAUACAGCUGGCCUGACUUCAAGAAACCUCAAGACAGGAAUGCGCUUUCCGACGACCCAGGUCGUACGGUUUUGCGAUGCAAAGCCAAUGCAGCUCGCUCGACUCGCUGAUACUCUAGGUGGGUCUGAUGGUAUCGUGUCAAACCUGACCCCCAAAGGAGCCGAUCUUGACAGUGUCAUCGAGACCAUCGUCGUCCUUUCCGGGAAGCGACACGACCUGGAGCAGGACGAUAUCCCCGAAUACUUCCGGCCGACCACUGGAAAGAUGCAAAUUCAAGGCAAGCCGACCGCAUCGCUUUCAUACACCAAGAAUGUCCAUGGCCAUGCCUACAAGUUCUACGGUGUCGAUACAUCACAUGGUACUAUUGUCAUUGUCCGCCCAGAUCAAUAUGUUGCCGCUAUUUAUGCACUUUGGGACUUUCAAUCACUUCGGAAGUUCUUCAACGGCUUCAUGCUGCCGAAUAAACUGACUUUUGUUCCUCAAAUUGGACAAGAACGCUCGAACAGGCAUGCGUUGCUCUGA